UAUAUGCACCUUUUUUGCUCGAAAACACGUUGACCAACAAAACUCCUUAAGCAAUGGUAUCUCAUAUUGGCUCUAAUUUUCAAGUAAUGACAAUUCUGCACUGAUUAUAUUUCAAGAUAUCACAGACAAUACCAGCUAAAAUUGUUAACCCGUGGAAUACAUUAUUGGGAUGCAAUGCAAUAGAUGGAGCUGCUGUAAUUUGUGUGUGACAAUCCCUAGUAUUCCUUGACACGUUGACGGGAAUAACAUCCUUAAGUAACAAAAGUUUAUGUGUUUGAAUUAGAGUUGUGUUUAUGAGAAAUUAAUGUCGUGUGAUGAUAGUAGUGAAUGUGGUGAACACAUCAUAUAAGCUAUAUGCUUGUGUGACAGACGUCACCGAAUCGACCUUCAGUACUGUGUGUUUAGUAAUAUUAAUAAUUAGCAGAUAAUUCUCCAUGUGUUCGGUGGCCAUUAAAGAUUUUUAUUUUGGUAUAAUUGAUACAUGUUUUUUUACACGGGUUUACAACUUUGCAGUAGAACUGCAUACAAAUUUCAGGUUUAAAGGUUAUGACAACACAGCAGUCAAGAUUUGUAAUACCAAAGUGUGCACGUUUUAGAUGAUGGCACAACGCACUAUUACAUGCAAGGAAUGUGGCUGGAGUUGCAAGAAUUGUUCAGAUCAAACAAAUCUGCAUCUUCAUGUGGAGAUUGAAAAUCUGAAGCAGCGCAUUUUGGAACGUGAACACCACAUUGUUAACAUGGAAACAAAUUUUCUUACUGAAGCAGAAAAAUUUCCCAAUGGUGAAUUUGCAGCACUCGCUGAAGAAUUAUUAACUUGGCAAGAAAAAUAUUCAAGGCUGUAUGAGUCCCAUAAACGUGUACAAAAAGUUAAUCAGAAUCUGGAGGAUAAGCUCUUGAAAAUUGUGGAUAAGUGUGAAACAGAGAAGAAUUCACUAACAAGAGAUGUGACAAGCUUGACUCAAAAACUAGUUGAGGCCAAAGGAAAGAUUUGUCAUCUUCAAGAUGAGAAUGAACGGUACAGAAAUGAUGUGAAUCUUGCUAUACAGCUCUUACAGUGCAAGCCUGCUAACUUUGUUUCUCAUAAAUUUGAUAUGUUGCCAGCAGAUUUGCAACAGAAAGUGAGAACAUACGUGAGCAGUAAGCGAAGACCAUCUGAUGGGAAUAGUGGAACCACCGCUGUCAACAAAUCAGAACCAAAAAUUAUCAAAGUACCCAUUCCAACAUUUCCACCUACUGCAAUGGUGUAUUCCAUUAAUAAAGUUUCAGCAGAUAAAGAUGAGGACUGUCAUGAAAAGUCUUCCAGCUCAAAACCUCCUGUUGACAUAGUAUCAGCUGCUAUCAUGGCCAAAGUUUUGGAGGAACGAGAACGUGAACGUCUUAAUAUAAAGCACUGUGACAGCUGCACUUGUCCACGACAGGGUCUUGUUGAUUGCGCUACACAAGCAACUCCAAUAAUGGACCAUGCAAUUCUGUGUGUACGCUGUGCAACCAAUGUAAGGUGUGAUGGUGUUACAGAUACUUCAAAUAGGGCUAGUCAGGGUCUUGUUCGAUAUGUUGAUGUUGUUGCAACAAGAAACGGUGAUGUUGCUAGUAGGAGUAUCACAAGUGGAAGCAACCAGAAAAGUGACACUUUAUUUCUGUUGGGAACAACCUCGAAUAAUCAAGUCCCUUUUACGAAUACUUCAGAUAAUUCUGUCAGAGUUCCAAAACAAGUAAUUGGUGAUGAAAAUUAUUGCAAUAAAGACAGUGACAACAAAAUGCCCUUGUCUUCCAGAAAAAAUGAAGGAUGUAAUACCAAAAAUAAAAGUUCUAGUAAAAAUUGUGAAAGUUGUAAACAGAAUGGUAGUACCUGCCCAAAGGGUAGUAUUAACAAGGAAACCACAUUAUUCUCAAAAAAUGGUAAAAGUUUUGUUAAAAGUAUUGAAGUUUCCAAAUCUAAGAAUGACGUUUCAAAACAAGUAUCUGAGGGUACAGAUACUGACUGUUCUCAGUUGCUGCCUCUAGAUGGUUCUGAACUUCUGAGUAACAGAGGUGAUAGGGAAGCCUUAUAUGGUAAUGAUACCUGUCAACCGAAUAGAGUCGCAAAGUUCCAUAUCAGAGGGAGUGAAACAUAUGCUAUGAAGAUGAAGAGUCAAGAAGGAAGAACAUACUUGAGUGAUGUGGCAAAUGUUGAGAAUAAGACUGUUUCAGAUGUAACAUGGGCUAAGAGUUCUUCAGAUAAGCCAACAGUAGGAGUAUCCAUGCUGUACACUAAUCGCCAUAUCGGUGGAGGAGGUGGGGAUAUUUCAUCAGCAGUGCUUGUUCAUAUUCCCAGGUCACGUUCUGACUCUGCCUCUAGUACUGAUGAAGUCCAACAGAGAGAUGGAAAAUUGACUUCAUGGGUGCACAGCCCAACAGAAACUGAGUUGUGA